GCAGCAGCAGGCAUACUGUGCUACGUGGGAGCCUAUGUGUUCAUCACAUAUGAUGACUAUGAUCACUUCUUCGAAGAUGUCUACACGCUAAUUCCAGCAGUUAUCAUCAUAGCUGUGGGAACGCUUCUUUUUAUUAUUGGACUUAUUGGGUGCUGUGCUACAAUUCGAGAAAGUCGCUGUGGACUUGCUACGUUUGUGAUCAUCCUGCUCUUGGUUUUUAUCACUGAAGUUGUGGUGGUGGUUCUUGGAUACAUCUACAGAGCAAAGGUGGAGGAUGAAGUUGAUCACAGUAUUCAGAAAGUAUACAAUGAAUAUAAUGGGACAAAUCCUGAUGCAGCCAGUCGUGCUAUUGACUACGUACAGAGGCAGCUGCGCUGCUGCGGGAUCCAUAACUACUCAGACUGGGAGAAUACUGUCUGGUUCAAACAAACUAAAAAUAACAGUGUGCCACUUAGCUGUUGCAAAGCAGCCCUCAGCAAUUGUACUGGCAGUUUGACCCGCCCAAUGGACCUGUAUUCUGAGGGGUGUGAGGCUCUGGUUGUAAAGAAGCUCCAAGAGAUUAUGAUGUAUGUCAUCUGGGCAGCACUAGCAUUUGCUGCUAUUCAGCUUCUGGGCAUGUUGUGUGCCUGUAUAGUACUAUGUAGGAGGAGUCGGGAUCCUGCCUAUGAACUUCUCAUCACUGGCGGAACCUAUGCCUAGAAGAGAAUGGGAACAUACAGUUCAAUCUUAUCUCACUUAUGUGGAAGGUGACUGGGACAGGUCUACUGCAAUAGCUUUCUUGCCCUAAGCUUAGUCAAAGCACACCUUUCACAGAUGAGGACAGCCGUACUGUACACUGGUGACGGGCAAAACAACUCAGCUUUACACACACCUAUAUAAUUACCUGUGACUUUCACUGUUUUAGCCAGCUAUUCAUGUAUCUAAAUGUUUUAGUAUACUAGUAAACUUUCUAAUUUCAGAACCAUUUGCAAGUUAAGUGUAAUUUGGUUGAUAUGAAAGUCAGAGGAUGUGUGCCUACUUUGGUAGAUUACCUCUAAGCAUUAACUGGCUGACUCCUGCAUAUAGAGAGAGUAUUUCUGAAACCUUCACUACAUGGAACUCUUUUGGCCAAAGUUGUACAAAGGAAGCCAGUUGUGUUUAAUUUGAGAAGAAAAAAAUACGAUCUUGCCCCUCACCAGUGUCACUUUUUAAAAACACUUAAGUGAAGUCCAGUAUACUUUAUAUAUAAAAUGGUAAAAAAAAAAGACUAACCAAAAUUUUAGGGUCAUGUCACUGCAGUUUUGACCUUCAGAUCUUUCAAACAUUAGUCGUUUAAAAUACAAGCUGGCUUUUCAGGAGUAUGAUGUAUGCACUACUGUUCUAUAAUGAAAUAUUUCAUUUUUCUAUGAAGAGCG